GCAAAAUCAUCCUCCUACUCCUCUUAUCAUCCACAACAAACAAACUCUUGUUUUCGAGAUCUCUCUCUCUCUCUCUCUCUCUCUCUCUCUCUCUCUCGUUUUAUCACUCAAACAACAAACAAGAAUGGCGGCGUUUCCUAAGGUUUACUUCGACAUGACCAUCGACGGGCAGCCGGCGGGAAGGAUCGUGAUGGAGCUGUACACCGAUAAGACUCCGAGGACGGCGGAGAAUUUCAGAGCUCUGUGCACCGGAGAGAAAGGAGUAGGGCGUGCCGGGAAGCCUCUUCACUUCAAGGGAUCUAAGUUUCACCGCGUGAUCCCUAAUUUCAUGUGCCAGGGAGGAGACUUCACCGCCGGGAACGGAACAGGCGGCGAGUCGAUCUACGGGAACAAGUUCGAGGACGAGAAUUUCGAGAGGAAGCACACGGAACCAGGAAUCCUGUCGAUGGCGAACGCCGGAGCCAACACCAACGGAUCUCAGUUCUUCAUCUGCACCGUGAAGACCGAUUGGCUCGAUGGUAAGCAUGUGGUGUUUGGGCAGGUCGUCGAAGGGUUAGACGUCGUCAAGGCCAUCGAGAAGGUCGGAUCUUCGUCUGGGAAGCCAUCGAAGCCGGUGGUUGUCGCCGAUUGUGGUCAGCUCUCUUAGGAUCCAUCCAUCAUCUUAGAUCCCCCCCCCUCUACAUAUAAUCUUUAGCGUCCUCGUUCCGUCUGUCAUGUCCUAGCUGGUGGUGUCUUUGCGUUUUGGCGUUAUCUUUAUUACUCCCCGUAGUAGUCAUAAUUAAGUUUGGUGUCAGUAUUCUCUUCUUGUUUUCCCCGCCCCUAGUUUGUUUGGUUGGUCUCCUUACCAUAAUCCAUAAAAAUAAUGAAUGAGCAACUACUACUACUCACUCUUUUA